AUGAAUUUCUUGAGUAUUCCUUUAAAGAAGUCGGCUCCUGUUGAUUUAUCCAGUAAUUUUCAACAGUUGAUCGCCCUGCAAUAUGGUGCUCCAACCGCAAAUGCUUGCCUUGGUUCACUCGGUGAGUUAUCGUCAAUGCGAACUGUUGCAUGUGUCAAAGGCGAUAACUACAACCCGACAGUCGAAGCAAUCGCAGCGUAUCAUGAUGCAAUGUAUCAAUUAGAAGGACGUCUAAAUGUGAAUGUUGCUUCACGAGUUGAUUUAAGUGGAGCGAUAUUUCUGGAAAAUCUAACAAAAAAAGCUCUCUUAAAUUUGAACGUUCAAAUGUCUUGUUUUGCUAUGGUGCUGCUCACAGUCAACUUGGUGAAUCCUUUGAAAUCUUUCAAGAUUGCUUCCUGCACAUUUGAUUACAUAUCUUCAGACUUGAUGUCUGGGGUUAAAGAUCCUCUACCAGAUUUAACUUCAUCAGCACUAACACUGUUCAGUAAUCUUAUGCUUGCUCAAGCAUAUGAAUGUGUCCUCUCGAAAGCUGAAAAAGAUAAGAAAAAGCCUGCCAUUUUAGCAAGAAUAGCAUCAACCUUGACUAGUCUUUACGAAGAAUGCCUGUCAGAUUGUUCAAGUGGAGCUAAAAAUGUUGUUCCAAAAGAUUGGUCUGCUGUAUUAAGCAUGAAAAAAGGUUUAUAUGAAGCUUUGACACAAUAUCAUCAAUCUAAAGCUUGUUGCGAAGCCAAACAGUACGGGGAACAAGUAGCUCGCAUAUCAUUUGCUUAUGAGCUAAUCAAAUGUGUUGCUCGAAGUAGUUGUUUUCAGAGAAAGAAUUUAGUGGAACAAUUUAAACAAGAAGAAUCAGUUGCAAUAAAAGACAAUGACCAUAUAUAUCACGAAAAGGUACCUCCUAGAGGAAGUCUUGCUCCUGUCGAAAUUGUUGAUGUCAUUAAAAAAAACCCACUCACGUUCCCUUUGUCCUCAUCGAAUACCAAAGAUUACUUCGAAAAUCUACUUCCUAUCGCUGUUACAGAAGCUGUUAACACUGCUAAAGGUGUUCGUGCAUCUCUUAUCGACAGCGAAAUUUGCACGCUACGAGGAGCAUCCACUAAAGUGAAUGAAGUGUUAGCUUCAUACAAUUUCCCGGCAGCAUUACUUGCUAAGGGAUCAAACUCAAUUACGGAUAAUAUUUUAUCCAAAGCUACUUCUAUACGUCGAGAUGGUGGGUCAGAAAAAUUGUAUCAGCAACUAAUGUCGAUACCUGAAUGCGUUCAACGUAAUAAAGAAAUUAUUGAGGCUGAGAAAAGUUCGCUAGAUGAUGAAGAGAAUUCUGAUAAUAGUUUACGAAAACAAUAUGGUGAACGUUGGUCACGGAAACCAUCAAGUGAAUUGAAUAAAUUAUGGCGUUCUGAUAUACAAAAAUGUUUGAAUUUACUUGAACAAACUACGAAAACUGAUGCAUCUCUUUUAGAACGAUAUGAAAAGCAUAAAGAACAUUUUGAAAUAUUAAGUAAACCAGAAGAUGAACUUGAAACGCUUAUUGGAUCAGAUGCAAAAUUUGCCGAAUCUGAUACUGAAGCCAAUAAUGAAGAACUAAGAUCUGAACUAACUCAGUUAUGCAACAAACUAGAAUUAAUUAAGACGGAAAGAAAUGAUCUAAUAGAACAGUUGAAAUUAGUUGAUUAUUCACCGGAUCUAGUUAAAAAGCUAUUGACGUACUAUAGAGAACAUAAUGAAACAGUUGAUUUACAAAUUGCUACUGAUAUGCUUGAUGAAAAAAUGGUGUCUGUGCGUGAACUUAUUCAAGAAAAUCUAAAUAAACAAGAAAGUUUAUUAAAUGACUUACAAACCAAAGCUGAUAUGUUUUACGGUGGGUCCGAUGGUAAUUCAAAAGACAAAGGACUAUUGACAAUGCUUAAUCUGGCUGCAGAUGAGUAUUCUGCACUUAAGGAAGCUGUUAGUGAUGCCACGAAAUUUUACGCUGAGCUUACUGAGAUUUGUGUGAAUACCCAGUGUAAGAUUGAAGAUUUCUGCGCUGCACGUACUACUGAGAAAAAUGAAUUAAUGUCUGAUAUUACAACAAAUAUAAGCCGGGUUCGUGUUUCAGACCAACAAGUCUUUCCGAAACCAUCUGUCCCUACUCGACCUGAACCAUCUUAUGCUAACCGUGUCAACCCUGUUCCUCCCGCUCAUCCUCAAGUUCCAAUGCCAACACCAACAAUUCCCAUGAUGAAUAAUACCACAUAUCCGAUGCCUCCACAAGCAUGGAAUCCUCAAGGCUAUCCUGUGAUUCCUCAACCUUCACCAUAUGGAAUGGCUCCUUAUCCAGCAAUGUAUCCAUUCUAUGGCGCUUAUCCUACAAUGCCAAUGCCUCCAAAUGCAGCAUUUUCUCCCCCUAACAUGAUGCUUCCUGCUCAUUCAAUGGGUGGUAAUGGUGCUUUUCCUAGUGUUGGUGGAGGCAAUACUGACGCACAUGCUCCCCUUGCUGGUGGUGGUCUUCAGGGACAAUAUCUACCUGGACAACCUUCUGCACAGCCUUAA